AUGUAUGAUAUCGUGUGUACCAAGAAGGUCACAAACGUCAUGCUCUCUGCUAUCUGCGAACGCGUCAAUGACUCUCUCAAGCCUGGGACGUGCACUGUGACACAGCGUUACAAGGCGGCGAACGCCCUGGGGACAGUGCCGCUAUUGCCGCUGCCGGGGCUUGGGGGGGGGCGGGGCGGUAAGUACCUAACCCGCCAGCAGCUCCCAGCCUGGCCCGAAGGCAGCGGUACCGCCAGCAGCAGGACCGACACCGUCCCGCCCGGCCCCCGCAGCACUGAGCGGGCGGAGGCACCUGCUGCCUGUCGGCCGACGAAAAAGAAAUCGCAGCGCAUCAGCGCGGAGAUCGAGCGGCAGCUGCGCCGCGAGGAGCGGGACGCGCGGCGGGAGCUGAAGCUGCUGCUGCUGGGGACAGGAGAAAGUGGAAAGAGUACUUUCAUUAAACAAAUGAGGAUUAUCCAUGGAUCAGGUUAUACAGAAGAAGACAGGAAAGGCUUCACAAAACUAGUUUAUCAAAAUAUAUAUACUGCCAUGCAAGCUAUGAUCAGAGCCAUGGACACUCUGAAAAUACAGUACACAUCUGAAGAAAAUGAGCCCAACUCAACUCUAUACUCAGAUGUGGAAGUGGAUAAAGUGACAGUGCUGGAAAGAAGACAAGUUGAAGCAAUCAAGAAUCUUUGGGAAGACCCAGGAAUUCAAGAGUGCUAUGACAGAUGGAGGGAGUAUCAUCUCUCGGAUUCUGCUAAGUAUUAUCUUACUGACAUUGAUUGUAUUGCUGUGCCCUCAUUUGUGCCAACUCAAGAUAUUCUUAGAGUCAGAGUGCCAACUACAGGAAUUAUCAAGUACCCUUUUGAUUUAGAUAAUAUUAUAUUUAGGAUGCUGGAUGUAGGUGGCCAAAGGUCGGAAAGAAGGAAAUGGAUUCAUGGUUUCAAAAGUGUUACUUCUGUCAUAUUCUUAGUGGCAUUACGUGAAUAUGAUCAAGUAUUGGCAGAAUGUGACAGUGAGAAUCGAAUGAAAGAAAGCAAGGCCUUAUUUUAAACCAUAAUUACAUACCCAUGGUUUCUCAACUCUUCAGUCAUUUUGUUUUUAAAUAAAACAGAUCUUCUAGAGGAGAAAAUUAUGUAUUCCCAUCUAAUUAGUAACUUUCCAGAAUACACAGGACCUAAGCAAGAUGUCAAAGCUGCAGGAGAUUUCAUUUUGAAGCUGUAUCAGGAUCAGAAUCCUGACAAGGAGAAGGUCAUCUACGCCCACUUCACCUGUUCCACAGAUGCAGAAAAUAUUCGUUUUGUCUUUGCUGCUGUCAAGGAUACAAUCCUGCAACUAAACCUGAGGGAGUUCAAUCUGGUUUAGAUUAAAAGUGUGUUUGCAUUCAUAAGGUGUAAUUUACUGAAAGCACAGCCUGUGCUGUUGACUGAAAAAGAGGUGUCCUAUAAAUUCCAGAGAUGAGAGGAUGUUUUUAUAUUUACUGAAAUAUGGAUCAAGAGAAAUAUCAAGUCUGAGUUUCUAAGUUUACAUUUCAGCAUA